CGUACGGAGGCAACAGCAGAAAUGAUGGAAGUUUGAUCCUCAAACCAGUGAACUUGUUCAUUUUAAACGUGGCAUGAACAACAAAACGGAAAGAGUGCAACUUCAAGGAAAAUAAACAAGAGAUAUGGUGGACAAAAUACACGGGAUUGACUUUUCCAAGAAACAUUUUGGGACGACAGCCAAUGGUUUGUGUGGUGAUCUGUUGGAUACAGAGGAGCAAGAUGACCAGGCUGAGCAGCGCUCUUGUCUUAUUUGCGGAGACCGUGCCACAGGACUGCACUAUGGCAUUAUUUCCUGUGAGGGCUGCAAGGGCUUCUUCAAGCGCAGCAUCUGCAACAAGCGCGUCUACCGCUGCAGCCGCGACAAGAACUGCGAGAUGUCGCGCAAACAGCGCAACCGCUGCCAGUACUGCAGGCUGCUCAAGUGCCUGCAGAUGGGAAUGAACCGCAAAGCAAUCAGAGAAGAUGGCAUGCCGGGAGGCAGGAAUAAAAGCAUUGGUCCUGUACAGAUUUCUGAUGAGGAGAUCGAGCGGAUUAUGUCUGGACAGGAGUUUAAGGAUGAUGCCAACAUCCCGGAACACACUUGGGGAAACAACGGCGACAGUGACCAUAGUUCCCCUGGCAAUGGCGUCUCCGAUGGGAAUCAGCCAUCACCUGUAUCCACACUUUCAUCCAAUCGCUCUGUGGAGCUGAAUGGCUACACCGCUGCUUUGAGGGAACAGUACAUUGGCAAUGCAAUGGCCCAGCACUACCAGUUCCUGCCUCACCUGUUUGGAUACGCCGCCCAGCCUCGGAGUCUGUACCCCCAGAGUCAUACCCUCAUCAGUCAGCUGGUGGCAGCAGAGGAACUGGCCCCACUGGGCACACCCAUGCUCAUUGAGGACGGGUAUCGGGUCACUCAGGUAGAGCUGUUCGCACUAUUGUGUCGGCUGGCGGAUGAACUUCUCUUCAGACAGAUCUCCUGGAUUAAAAAGCUUCCUUUCUUCUGCGAGCUGUCCAUCGAGGACUACACACGGCUCCUGAGCGCCACCUGGCAGGAGCUCAUCCUGCUGGCCUGCCUGACAGUCUACAGCGCCCAGGUGCUGGGCGACCUCGCCAACGUCACCGACAAAUACACCCCGUCAGACGACGAGCUGCAGAGUUUCAGUGAGGAUGGGAUGGAGGUGAUGGAGAAGCUGAUCUAUCUGUCGAAGUUCCAUCAGCUGAAGGUCAGCAAUGAGGAAUAUGCGUGCAUGAAGGCCAUCAACUUCCUUAAUCAAGAUAUCCACGGUCUGACCAAUGUGACCCAGCUGGAGCAGUUGAACAAACGUUACUGGUACGUUUGUCAGGAUUACACUGAGUACAAGUACCCUCACCAGCCCAAACGCUUUCCCGAGAUCAUGAUGUGUCUGCCUGAAAUCCGCUGCAUUGCAGGGAAGUUGGUCAACAUCCCUUUGGAGCAGCUCCCCCUGCUGUUUAAGGCAGUAUUGCACUCCUGUAAGUCAAGUCUGAACAACUUCAGGACAAGCUCCUCCCCCUGUGUGACAAAGGGUACCGCCCCUGCCAACUAGCCCCUCCCCCUUGAAAACACCCUCCCCAUCUAUUGCACGGGGGUGGGGUGUUAUCUGGGGGUGGGGCUCCCGGUAUCCUCCUCCUUCUCCUCCUCUCAUGAAUGUGACAAGAAACUAUUUUAUGCAUUUUGUUUAGAUUAGUGUUGUUUUUUCUCUCUAUUUAUUACCAGACAGAGCUGAAUGUAUGUUGAUCCACACUGUGCACAUGCUCCUUUUCAAAUGAAAAUGCACAAAAAGCGCAGUGGAUUUCACACGCUUCAGUCCAACUGCGAUAUGUGACGUGUAACCACUGAUAGAUCUACUACUUGGUUUUAUUUUAUACCUCUGUUCACUUUCUGCCGAUAGGGACAGAUAAAGGAAUUGUUUUAUUGAAAGACUACCUCAGGAAGAAAACGUUUCACGUGCUCUCUCUCUGUUUUGCGAUGCUCCGGGCCGGUAACGUCGACACUGUGCCUCGUGUUUGAGAACAUCUUGUCAUUUCUUACGCAUUUGCGGUGCGCUGCAGUUCUCAAACACACGCUUGGUAGUCACGUAGCUUUAUCUUUCUACACAAGGCUGCGAUGGAGAGCGUGAUUGUUUACACAAAGGAGAGGUGUACGGGAAUGUUUCACAAUCAUAGGCUGGGGACGAAACGACAACAGAAUAUGUGUGUUAAUAUUGUUGAUUUCUUUCUUUUUUUUUUUCUUUUUUUGACCAAAGUGUUAUGCAGAUUUGGAGGGAAGUAAGCCCUUGUUGAAAAUACGAGAGACUUCUGGGGAGAACAGCGGUUUCCAUCAUCAAACUGCACACUCCACAUGGUUUGCACUCAGUCCGGCAGUCAAAUGUGGUGUAUUGGCUUUCUUAUUUCAGAAAAACAAUCUGUUCCUUAAUUUGGAGCACUCGUUGAAGGAUGUAGAGUUUGACCAUGAAGUAUUUAUCAGCAUUCAGACAGAAUGAUUAGCAUUAGCAUCAGAUUUGGUUGCAAAGUUCUCAAAUUUGUCCCGCCAAAUGCUCUCGAACUAAAAUAAAGGGCAUUUAUUUGAGUUCAGAUGGAGAGAAGUGGAUUUCCUCGCAGUCUAGUUUCCACUGGUCUGCUGCUGGUUCCUUCCCUCACGUUUUAAACAGGGUAAAGUUACUGUUUUUGUAAUUCACUCGCAUCUCUCUCUCAGAUAUCGCAGUGCUGAUGUACUUGUAGGUUUAGUAGUUUGUAGUAUUCUGGACAUUGUAGGUCCUUUUAGAUGUUUUUUUAUGUUUUGAUUUACUGUUCUGGGGAGUGGGAAGUGUUGUUUUGAAGACUAUUUUGUUUUGGUUUUGAGUAUUACUGUAAACCCGAUUAGAGAAAAAAAACAUGACUGAGAUGCUAGCUAGUCCGGUUAUAACGAGCCAUCUGACGCCUUGGAGGUUUUGUCAGUGGAUUGUGCUCGCUGUAACUCUCUUCAUUUCAGACAUUCCAAACACGUUCGAUAUGUGUCGUAAUGUUUACAUAUUUGCACCAGACAAUGACAAAGAGGCCCGUACCAAAGACGCAGGUUCAGCCUGGUAACGGCCCAUCUCAAGUGCAGCUAAACCUCGGUGGCAACAUUUGGCGUUGUGUUGUUUGGUGGACGCUUCACAUCUGUCUGUAUGCCGCUCUGCGUGUCCUUAAUCUUAAACGUUUCAUCCAUCCCACAACGCAUUCGUUUGUGUCCCUUCAUUCGUCGUCGUUUCAUUCUGUACGUCGUUAACUGUGGUAGAUAUCGUGACUUUUUUCUUUUCUCGCGAGGGCUUGUUUUGGAGUGUGAGCUAGCUAAAUGUCAAACUAAACUCUGAAUGUGGUGGAAGUGUUUAAAAGCUCUGCGAAACUGUGCAUUUGUAAGCCAUCACCCACAUCAGAAUAAAGUCGAAGGUGGAGAUAUAUCGCAAACCACGCUGCUAUAAACACCAGCCCUCCUGAGUUUCUCAGACCAGCAUCUCUGGAAGAAACUCUCUAGGAAUAUCCCUCUAUUUGAACAGUUUUGUUAAUCUGGCUUUUGAGGGAAGCUUUUUGAAUUCUUUAAAAGAGCCACACUCCCCAUCUACGUAUUUUUUGUUUUCUGUCGUUCCUUCAUAUUUUACAAUGUGUCCUCGUUUGUUUCUUUUUAUGCAUUUUUCAUUGAAACUACCUCUUUUGUGUGUCAUCAUGUAGCGUGCUUUCAUUAAGGAAAAGUAUUAAUCGUUAUUUAUUGGUUUCAAAGCACCAGUGACCAUGUUUCUUUGUCCGUUUCAUAUGCCAUUCUGGAAACUUCAGAGUUAAUCAUUUUCAUCAUUCAUAUUCCGUCAUUGUCUUAAAAUAAUUCCUAAAAUAAUGCCUGAUAGACAUCAGAUGCUGCAUAUUUACCUCACUCUUCAAUGAAGACCAUUUCUCAGUGCAAUUAUAACAUGUGAAAUGAACAGUAUUAUAUUCCUAGUUGUAAACACUGUUUGUGAAUUGUUUUCAUGAAGAAUGUAUUUUUUUGUCUAUAUGACUUUAUUAUUAUUUCUCAACUGUUUACAAGCUUUUUUGUCAGUCCAUUGUAAUCAUGUUAAUGCUUUGACACUUUUCAGCCAAUCAGAUUUCUUUCUUGAUUGUUACGGGUAUGCCGAUUGGCUAUUGAAAGACUAUCAUGGUGCUGUCAGUUUUACAUAGCCAGGGAACUUAUUUCAGUCUUGUACCAGUUCUCUUUGGGAUUCUUCUUGAUCCGGUGGGAAUCUUAUUAGAAGAAACAUUGGUGAAUGUUGGGGCUUGAGCAAACCAUACAGAGCCAGACGAGAGGUUUUGAAACAUGGGUGAUAUCUCAGGGAAUAGACACGCUCCUGAAAACCCCAAAACAACUCUAGUACAUGCUAAAUUAAUUUGUAUUUGUCUUUGUAUUGGCAUCAGGCGUGUUGUUUUUGGGAGCGUUGUCUGAGGUGCUUUUCCUAACCUGUGUCACAAACCUCUUCUUCUGCUCCUCUGACUUUUACUACCUGUGAAGAAUGUGACCCAUAUGUGUUAUAAAGCAUGUUUAGAAUGUUUUAGGACUUGAAACCAAAUAAAUGUGAAUCUUAUGCAACUGUGAAA